GGAGACCGUCCGGGUUAGCGGGCUGUGUCGGGCCGGCGGGGCCGCGGUGUGGGUCCCCGGGCGCUCGGCCAUGAAGCUGACUCGGAAGAUGGUCCUGUCUCGCGCCAAGGCCUCGGAGCUGCACAGCGUGCGGAAGCUCAACUGCUGGGGCAGCCGCCUCACAGACGUCUCCAUCUGCCGGGAGAUGCCCAGCCUGGAAGUGAUCACACUCAGCGUCAACAGCGUCUCCACCCUGGAGCCCGUGAGCCAGUGCCGGCAGCUGAGCGAGCUCUACCUGCGGAAGAACCGCAUCCCCAGCCUGGCCGAGCUCUUCCACCUGAAGGGCCUGCCGCGCCUGCGCGUGCUCUGGCUGGCGGAGAACCCGUGCUGCGGCCCCGACCCGCACCUCUACCGCAUGACCGUCCUGCGCAACCUGCCGCACCUGCAGAAGCUGGACAACCAGCCCGUGACCGAGGAGGAGCUGUCCCGUGCGCUGCUGGAGGGAGAGGAGGUCACGGCCCCUGGCGUUGAGGGCGCAGGGAACGGUGGGUCUGAGCUGUCCUAUGCCCUGAGUGCCAUGGACAGCAGCGCCGAGACCCGGCAGGACACGCUGAGCUGUGGCGAGGAGGUGGCGAGCGUCCAGAGCCAGCUAGGCCUGAAGCCGCCUUCCCGGGAGCGGUUCCCUUCCUUCUCGCAGAGGGACGCCGUGAGCGGUCACAAGAACAGGAACAACGUGCUGAGCGCCGUCCUGCUGCUGCUGCGGGAGCUGGACGCCGAGGGGCUGGAGGCCGUGCGGCAGACCGUGGUCGGCCGGCUCCAGGCCCUGCACAAGCUGGAGCUGCAGGAGGAUGUGGAGUGACCGAGCGGCCAAGCCUUCCUCCCACGACCCCGUGCCCAAGCACCUGGGAGAUGUGGGGUCCCUGCCACAGCCACGGCCUCCACGGGACCCCAGCUGAGUCCCAGCAUGCGGGCCGUGUCUCAGGAAGCUCUGGCCCGCCUGGGGGCGCCAGGCCCUCGGUGUGGAUGGCUCCGCCGCGAGAGCCGGCAGGGCGUCGGGCUCUGUGCUGGGUACCCUCCCUGCGUGGGGCCCAGUGCACACCGGCCUGCACAGGGGGCCCCCCCGGACUUGUCUCUUCCCGAGGCGGGCAGGGCCCCCAUUGUCCCUAAUAAAUAUCUUACCAAAGUCCGAUCUGGAAGCAGGCGUUUCCUAGGGGACAGACGUGACCUUGACAGCGUUUCAAAGGUGAGGGCCAUUGCUCACACACGUUUCCCCUGUUGGUUCUCUGACCCAGUUGUGGGAUAGGCUCUGUCCACUGUGGCCACCGAGGCAUUGCGUGUGACCGGCAGGGCUGGGGAGGGCUGGAGAACUCACCUUCCCUCUUUCUCUGCCUUCUUAAGAGCCUGCAGGGUGCAGAGGUUUGUGCGGGACGGGCAGGAUCCGGGUGCAGUCACGGGAGAGGCAGCUGGUGGGGAGGACACCGUGGGGAGAGCCGCGGGCCUUGCUCUGAGGCGCAGGCCCUAAGCGGUCAUGCUGCAGGCCGGGGCGGGUCCCUUCCCAGCCCCCCACCCCCACCCCCAGCGCCUGGGGACGCCUCCCCGGGCUGGGCAGCGGCAGGCUUUCUGAGCUGGUAGCCAGCCUUAGGGGAGCUACUGCGGCCCGGACGGGAGCAGGGGUGCCCUGCACCCCCACUCCGGUUGGGGGGCCCAGAUCUCUGUAAUGUGUCCGUCGCCGUGUGAACAGAAGGGUGACCUGUGUGCCGUGUGCAAGAAUCCCGAUGGGGCGACUGUGCCCAGGAGGUGCCGCUCUCUUAACGGGAAGGCUGCUCUCCGGCCGGCGGGUUUCAAACUGCCCCGGGCCCAGGGCUGCGGUGGGGCGCUGGGUGCCGGGCGGGGGGUUUCUCUCCCGGGCGUCUGUAGUUCUCCAGGAGCUGAGCGGCGGAAGCAAGGCAUCGCUGCAGGGGGUCUGGGGAGGUGGCUGCAGGGACACGCGUGUGCUCUCCGCUGUACGUGUGGACGGUGGUCGGACUCUCAAUAAAGCGUCUCAAAGCAA